AUGCAAACUCCGUCUUCUGGUUCGGCCACGCCGGCCGAUAUAGAAGAUGGACGCGGCCAAAUUCAAAAGCGAUUGACGGUUACUUUCCGCAAUCUCUCAGUUCGAGUGACGGCACCCGAUGCGGCCUUGGGAAGCACGUUAUUAUCAGUGAUUGAUCCUCGCCAGUUUAGUGGACUAUUCAAGAGCAACCAAGUGCCCAAACGGACAAUAUUAAAAGACAUCUCCGGCCAGGUGAAUCCGGGAGAAAUGCUGUUAGUUCUUGGCCGUCCUGGAUCUGGAUGCACAUCCCUUCUUCGUGUUCUGUCCAAUGAUCGGGACACGUUCGACGAGGUUGUGGGUGAAAUCAGAUAUGGAAGCAUGGGCCAUAAAGAGGCCCAACGUUUUCGUCAACAGAUCAUGUUCAACAAUGAGGAUGAUUUACAUUUUCCAACCUUAACCGUGAACCGUACGAUGAAGUUUGCGCUUCGCAACAAAGUUCCCAAUGCGCGCCCUGAGCAUAUGAAAAAGCGGGAAGACUUUGUGCAGGAGAAGAGGACUGACAUCUUGCAGUCUUUGGGUAUUGAACACACCAAGAAAAAUUUGGUUGGGAACGAAUUCAUCCGAGGGGUGUCAGGAGGGGAACGAAAAAGAGUCUCGUUGGCCGAGGUGAUGGCGGGCCAGAGUCCUAUUCAGAUGUGGGACAAUCCCAUCCGCGGUCUUGACUCCAAAUCUGCGGUGGAAUUUGCACGAACUUUACGGCGUGAUGCGGAUGAGAACCAGAAAACAAUCAUCGCGACAAUGUACCAAGCGGGAAACAGUAUCUACGACGAAUUCGACAAGAUCCUGGUGCUGGCUGAAGGACGCGUGACGUACUACGGGGCUCGCGAUCUUGCGCGGAAAUACUUCGAAAACUUGGGGUUCGUUUGUCCCCAAGGCGCCAAUGUCGCAGAUUUCCUUACCGCGGUCACGGUCACCACCGAGCGCAUCAUUCAGCCUGGAAGGGAAGACACAGUCCCCAGUACACCGGAAGAGUUCGAGUCUCGAUACAUCAACAGCUCCAUUUUUCAAGAUCAACUUGACUCCAUAAAGCUGGCCGAGAAAUUGGGCUACGAGGUGGAGGAUCUGAUGAUGGCAGUCGCAAGUGAGAAACGAAAGCAGCAUGUUCCUCGCCAGCAAAGCGUUUACACAGCCACGAUAUGGGACCAGAUUAAGUCCUGCACUCUGCGGCAGUUCCAGAUAAUGUGGGGAGACAAAUUUUCCCUGGUGAUUAAAGUCGCCUCUGCGACCAUUCAAGCUCUGGUGUGUGGUAGUCUUUUCUAUAACCUCCCCGAAGACAGCUCUUCUAUUUUCAUGCGCCCUGGUGUGCUCUUUUUCCCGGUACUUUAUUUCCUCCUGGAAUCCAUGUCCGAGACUACCGCAUCAUUUAUGGGCCGUCCGAUUCUCUCCCGCCAGAAACGCUUUGGCUUCUACCGUCCCACUGCCUAUUGCAUCGCGAAUGCCAUCACCGAUAUUCCUGUGGUGAUAAUUCAAGUUACCUGCUUCUCUCUCAUCUUAUAUUUUAUGGCUGCACUUCAAAUGGAUGCCGGUCGCUUUUUUACUUUUUGGGUCAUCGUUAUUGCCCAGACUCUGUGCUUCAUCCAACUAUUCCGCUCCGUCGGUGCGGUGUGCAAAAAAUUUGGCAAUGCCUCAAAAAUCUCGGGAUUGCUGUCCACCAUCUUUUUUGUGUACGGAGGCGCCUACGCGUUUGAAGCAUUAAUGGCCAAUGAGUUCGUCGACCGGCAGCUGAAGUGUGUCCAGCCGGAUUACAUCCCAUAUGGGAGCUCAUAUUCAAGUGAUCCAUCUCCGUAUCGAGGGUGCUCAGUUCCGGGCAGCGACGAGAACGGAGUCAUUAACGGAGCGGCAUACAUCCGCGAGCAAUACAACUACUCUGUUCACCAUAUAUGGAGGAGUUUUGGUAUUAUCGUGGGAUUUUGGGCUUUCUUCAUUUUCUUGACUGCCGUUGGAUUUGAGCUGCGAAACAGUCAAAGCGGGUCGUCCGUCCUGCUCUACAAGCGCGGGAGCAAAAAAGGUGCCCACCACGACGAAAGCAACCGGCGGUCUGCCCAGCAAAAAAGAGAUUCAAUGGCACUAUCGGGAUCUGUGAAGCAUUCAACCUUUUCGUGGAGCAAUCUCGACUAUCAUGUUCCUUUCCAUGGUGAAAAGAAGCAAUUGUUAAACAAAGUGUUUGGCUUUGUUAAGCCGGGGAGCCUCGUGGCAUUAAUGGGAGCUUCGGGGGCAGGGAAAACAACGCUUCUAGACGUACUUGCCCAACGGAAGGAUACCGGAGAGAUUUAUGGCUCGAUUCUCAUUGAUGGCCGACCACAAGGGAUCAGCUUCCAACGAACCACUGGCUAUUGCGAGCAGAUGGAUGUCCACGAGGCCACUGCAACUGUCAGAGAGGCUUUAGUUUUUUCUGCCGUUCUUCGACAACCAUCUACCAUUUCUUAUGAAGACAAGCUUUCCUAUGUCGACCAUAUUAUUGAGCUUCUGGAGUUGAGUGAUAUCAGUGACGCACUUAUUGGAGUGCCUGGUGAGGGAUUGAGCAUCGAGCAACGGAAGCGAGUAACCCUAGGGGUUGAACUUGUGGCUAAACCGACUUUGCUGUUCUUGGAUGAGCCAACAUCUGGCUUGGAUGGCCAAUCAGCUUACAACAUUGUUCGCUUCCUGCGAAAGCUUGUGGAUGGAGGUCAAGCUGUUCUAUGCACAAUUCACCAGCCAUCGGCCGUCUUAUUCAACGCGUUUGACGGUCUUCUCCUGCUGGCUAAGGGCGGAAAUAUGACAUACUUUGGAGAAACCGGAAAAGACUCAGAUAAGAUCUUGGAUUACUUUGCCCGUCACGGUGCUCCAUGCCCACAGGAUGUCAACCCAGCCGAGCACAUUAUCGAUGUGGUGCAGGGCAAGGCUUCGGGGCAGGUUGACUGGGUCGAAACGUGGAAUCAAUCGGAAGAUCGCAAAAUGGUACUCGCGGAGCUUGAGUCCCUAAACCAAACCAGUAGAUCGGACCCCAGUUAUGAGGAGGAUACGGCGGACUACGCAACUUCAUAUUGGUUUCAGUUUGUCACAGUCUCCAAGCGCCUUAUGGUACAGAUUUGGCGUUCUCCGGAUUAUAUGUGGAACAAAAUUAUUCUGCACAUUUUUGCUGCGCUCUUCAGUGGAUUUACUUUUUGGAAGAUUGGAGAUGGUACCUUCUCUCUCCAAUUACGACUAUUUGCCAUUUUCAACUUCAUCUUCGUGGCCCCAGGUUGUAUCAAUCAGAUGCAACCCUUCUUUCUGCACAAUCGUGACAUCUUCGAGACACGUGAGAAGAAGUCAAAGACUUAUCAUUGGAUUGCGUUCAUUGGAGCCCAGGCUGUUACCGAAAUCCCAUACCUCAUCGUUUGUGCGACUCUGUACUUUCUGUGUUGGUAUUUCACAGCAGGGUUCCCAACAUUGCCCAGUGUCUCUGGUCAUGUUUAUCUCCAGAUGAUCUUUUACGAGCUCUUGUACACUUCCAUUGGUCAGGCUAUCGCAGCAUACGCACCCAAUGAAUACUUUGCUGCUGUCAUGAACCCCGUCUUGAUUGGGGCAGGCUUGAUCAGCUUUUGUGGCGUCGUCGUCCCGUACACCCAGAUGCAACCCUUCUGGAGGUACUGGAUAUACUACCUAGAUCCAUUUACCUACCUUGUUGGCGGUCUGCUUGGUGAAGUAUUAUGGGACGUUUCUGUGAAAUGUGAGCCAUCAGAAUAUGUGCACUUCAAUGCUCCCUUUGGUCAAACAUGCGGGGAAUAUAUGGCCGAAUUUCUGGCAUCGCAAACCGGCUACCUUCUGGAUGCAAAUUCCACCGGGACCUGCUCGUUCUGCCAAUAUUCCAAGGGCGCAGACUACGCCCAAACCUUCAAUCUCAAAGAAAAGUACUAUUCUUGGCGAGACACCGGUAUCACAGCAUUGUUCUGCGUUUCCUCAAAGCCAACCAUUCAAGCAACGGCUUCGGAGGCCGAGUACCCGAGCUUGAACGCCAGUCUGCGCUUCCCCACAUACGCCCUUUUAAAAGCCACCUCUACUCCGAAUACCUCGACUAGCGAUUGUUUUCCCUGCACAAACAUGGCCCCCAUCUUUCGUGCCGAGCAAAUUGGCUCUCUCAUGCGUCCCCCCGAGCUUUUGGCUGUGCGAAAUGCUGCUGGGGUGACAGCCCCGUAUACGCAAAUCCCCAAGGAAGUUCAUGAACCAACCAAGGCUGCCAUCGCUACGGCCGUGGCCAAGCAAUUGGAGCUUGGUAUUCGCCCAAUCAUGUCAGGCGAAUAUGAACGCGUCGUAUUCUACUCAGGUUUCUUCGAGAACCUCGCGGGGAUUGAGGUUAUCAAAGCUAUCCCGAUUCCUGAAGGUUAUCGGACCAGUUUCCCCACAGUCAGAACCCUCCAGGAACUUGGAAUCUCUACUCGUGAUUCCAUUGUGGCUGUGGACCGUAUACGCCACACAUAUAGCCCUUACCUAUCCGAGUGGCAUGCCCUCCGGAGCCUUCUUGCCCCUGAGCAGUGGCGCGAAUGCAAGCUGACAAUGCCACCUGUGACCCAUGGCCAUAUGCAAAUGGCUAUAGGCACUGCCUAUCGCACAUCGGUCUAUAAGGAUGACCGCGAGUACUUUGCCGAUCUUGCAGCCGCGUACGCAGCCGAGUUUCGUGUGCUCUAUGAUGCUGGUUUGCGUUCAAUUCAGAUCGAUGACCCAUGUCUUUUAUUUUUCGUAACAGAUGAGUUCCGGUCAGGUUGCGAAGCAGAUGGGGUUGAAGCGGACGCAUUGCUUGAUUUGUAUAUUUGGGCCCACAACCAAUGUCUGGCGGGAAAACCAGAUGAUCUGCAUGUCGGUCUGCAUCUGUGUCGUGGCAACAUGGCAGGAUCAACACAUAUCAUGACCGGGUCAUACGAACCGAUCGCGAAAAAAUUGUUCGCGGAACUCGAAUACGAGACCUAUUAUCUUGAAUACGAUACUCAGCGCGCUGGUGGAUUUGAACCGCUUCGUCAUUUACCUAUCGGGAAGAAUGUGGUGUUGGGUGUCGUGUCAACCAAGUCGCCAGACAUGGAAGAUAUCGAUGAGCUUAUUGCCAGGGUGAAUGCUGCAGCGAGCGUCAUUGCCCAAGGGCAGGGUCGCAGCACCGCAGAGGUUAUUGCUACCUCUCUAGGUGUCAGUCCCCAAUGUGGAUUUUCCAGCAUGAGUGCAGGGGGAGGGCGUGGGCUUACGAUGGAUCGUAUGUGGGGGAAACUGUUGCUAGUUAAGCAAUUGGCUGAGCGCAUAUGGGGGAACCAGUGA